ACAAAACGCAAUCAAUCUCUCUCUCUCUCUCUCUCUACACCGUUAAUGGAAUCUCCUACUCGUUGUUCGGUGAUCAUCGUCGGAGCAGGCGUCUCAGGUAUAUCGGCGGCGAAAGUGUUGGCCGAGAAUGACGUCGAAAACAUGUUGAUUUUGGAGGCGUCGGACAAAAUAGGUGGGAGGAUCCGGAAGGAGAGUUUCGGCGGCGUAUCCGUGGAACUCGGCGCCGGUUGGAUCGCCGGAGUCGGUGGCAAAGAAUCGAACCCGGUCUGGGAACUCGCUCGUCAAUCUGGCCUCCGGACUUGUUUCUCCGAUUACAGUAAUGCUCGUUACAACAUUUACGAUCGUAGUGGGAAGAUAUUUCCGAGUGGAAUCGCCGCUGACUCGUAUAAGAAGGCGGUGGACUCGGCAAUUCAGAAGCUGAGGAACCAACAAGGCAACCAUGGUGUUGCUGAUGUGUCUAAACUUUACGAACCUCCAUCGAGUCCAAAAACACCUAUUGAGCUGGCCAUUGACUUCAUUCUUCAUGACUUUGAAAUGGCAGAGGUUGAACCGAUAUCAACUUAUGUAGACUUUGGGGAUAGAGAAUUUCUGGUUGCUGAUGAAAGAGGGUAUGAAUACUUGCUAUACAAAAUGGUGGAAUCCUUUCUAUUUACCUCCGAGGGUAAAAUCUUGGACAGUCGUUUAAAACUCAACAAGGUUGUUCGGGAAUUGCAGCACUCGAGAAACGGCGUUUUGGUGACAACGGAGGAUGGUUGCGUUUACGAAGCCAACUACGUGAUUUUGUCCGCUAGCAUUGGUGUCCUCCAAAGCAAUCUCAUCUCCUUCAAGCCACCUUUACCUAGGUGGAAAACUGAGGCCCUUGAGAAAUGUGACGUGAUGGUGUACACAAAGAUCUUCCUGAAGUUUCCAUGUAAGUUCUGGCCCUGUGGGUCCGAAAAAGAGUUCUUCAUCUAUGCACACGAGCGGAGAGGGUACUACACAUUCUGGCAGCACAUGGACAAUGCUUACCCUGGGUCAAAUAUUCUUGUUGUAACGUUGACGAAUGGAGAAUCAAAACGUGUUGAAGCUCAAUCAGAUCAAGAGACAUUGAAAGAAGCAAUGGAGGUGCUAAGAAACAUGUUUGGGCCUGACAUUCCGGAUGCCAUUGACAUACUAGUGCCUCGCUGGUGGAAUAAUCGCUUCCAGUGUGGCAGCUACAGCAAUUACCCCAUCUAUGUGAAUCAUCAAAUUGUUGAUGACAUUAAGGCACCUGUAGGACGGAUUUUCUUCACUGGAGAACAUACAAGUGAAAGAUUUAAUGGCUACGUCCAUGGUGGAUACCUUGCAGGUAUCGACACUAGCAAAGCUUUAUUGGAAGAAAUGAGGAAGGAGAAGGAAAGAAAAACAGAGAGCCAAACUUUUCUACUAGAGCCUUUGUUAGCGUUAACUGGAUCAUUAACAUUGACACAAACAGAUGCAGUGUCAGGUCUCCACAAAUGUGAAAUUCCUAGACAAUUGUUCCUAAGUAGUAACAAGCUUGGCCUUUCAGAGGCCAUCUUAUGACUAGAUGGACCUGUGGGCGAACCUGACUUAGGCAAUGAGAAGAUUCUAACACAUGGGAACGAGAAUCUGAUGGGCUCGGAUGGCAAUACAGUUCGAACCCUGGAUCCGUUCUAUGACGCAGAAUAAAAAAGACAUCAUUACAAGACCGGUACAGCUUUAUGGAGCUAUCAACCAGAGGAAUUGCCGGAGUAAUCAUGGAGGUGUUCGGCUUCAUUCUCAGGGGAAUUGGUUUGGGGCAUACAUACAAGGAUGUUCAUUGCAGUGAAAAUUCGAAGGAUGUUCAUUGUGGGGAAAUUGAUAGGGAAACCAUGACUGGAUUAUAGUGUACUAGUGACUUUGACUAUUAUUUAACAGAUUGUUUUUUCAAGUACCUUUGUUCUGUUAAACUACCACUUGUAUUGCUUAAAGCAUCUUAAUAAACAACUAGCUUGGAUAGCCCUGUUGCGUUUCAUAAGCUGAAGAACCAUCAUUGA